UGUCAAAAACUAAGGUUAUAAACGUAACUUGUUACAGUCAAAUUUUAGGUGGUAAACAAUUAGCGCAACAAUAUAAAUGUGACGGAUCCACAAUGUCAGAAAGCAAACAACAAAUUCCAACAAAUGAAGAAAUAGUAAACGAGCUGACCAAAGACAUUGAACAACAAUUCACAAUAAAUAACGACACAGCCCAAAACAAUGUAACAGAACCAGACACAGAACAUUCCGGAAUCCCCGAAGACUUUGAGCACUCGGACAACGAACCAGAACCAAAACCGGUGGAGGACGAUUACGUUGACGAAACGGCACUGAAAGAUGCCGAAAUUUCGUUAAGCGACGAAGAGAAAACUGCCCGUCACAAGGAGUCGCUGACGCAUAAAACGCGGGGCAACGAGGAGUACAAGGCCGGCAAAUACGUGGAGUCCGUGAAAACGUACACGGAGGCCCUGCGUUUGUGCCCCUUGAAGUUUGAUAAUGACCGAAGUGUGUUCUAUGCCAACAGGGCUGCCUCAAAAAUGAAGAUCAAUAGGACGGAAUCUGCUAUUGAUGACUGCACAAAAGCCAUAGAACUCAAUGACAAGUAUGUUAGGGCUUAUUUGAGGAGGGCCAAGUUGUAUGAGGACACAGAAAAGUUGGAUGAAAGUCUGAAGGAUUAUGAAACAAUACUUGUGUUAGAUCCAGGUAAUGUGGAGGCCUUGAAAGCUUCAACUAGGUUACCUCCACUUAUAAAUGAGAGGAAUGAGAAAAUGAAAAAUGAAAUGUUUGGUAAACUGAAAGAAUUGGGCAACAUGAUUCUAAAACCCUUUGGUAUGUCAACUGAUAAUUUUAAGUUGCAACAGGAUCCAAAUUCAGGUGGAUAUUCUAUAAAUUUCCAACAAAAUCCACCGAAAAAUUAAAUGUUUAUAUAAGCUUAUUUAUUGUAAAUAAACU